AUGACAUCCAAUAAAAAAAGAAAACGAUAUCAAGAAAUUGAUAGUUUUGAAUUUGAAAAAUUUGCCCGAACACAUUUACCUAUUGAUCUUGUUGACACAUUAAUUUUGCAUCUUGGUAUUAAAACUUACACUGGAUUUUUACAAUGCGAUGAUUUAAAUAGUGAAUUACUUGUCGCACAUAAUUCCAUACCUGAAAAUAAUAGAUCAUAUUUAUUUUUAUAUGAUAAUUUACAUUCAUCUUCUGCAACAGCUGUAAAACCUUGCAUUUUACGUGAAUUAAAAAUAUUUCAAGAAUACUGUGAAAAACAGCUCAACAGUUGUAAAACUGCUGGAAUAAAUUCAGGAAAUAGUAGCAGUACACAAGGUGAAAAUGAACCUCAUGAUAUAUCAAAACGAUCCAAAAAUGGUUGCAAUAUUGAUCGACCAAUUAUCUUCAGUACUCGAUUACAUGAUUCAACAAACAAUAAUACAUUUAAAUAUCGAACAAAACCCACUUCAAAUGAAGAAAAUAAUACAGACUGGUCUUUUGAAAACGAUGAAGCACAUGAAUAUGAUCAAAAUCAUUUCAAUGAUUCGUUUUCUGAUGAAUUUGUUAUAAAAGAAGCAACACACAUUUAUGUAACACAGCAACGUAUUCACCAUUUCUUUAAAAAUAAAAUGCAAAUAGAAGCUGAAGAUAUUCAAAAAUUCGUUUACAUGUUACAAUAUGGACAAGCCUGGCAUUUAGAACAAGUUUAUGAAUUUACAAUGAAAUUAAGAUCGAAUAAAGUUUUGUUGGACAAAUUCAUGAACGAUUUUAAAAAUAAUGAUUUUGAAAAUAAUGAUAUAAAAAAAAAGAUCAAAUGGCUUAUGGAUUUUAUAACAAAAUCUGAAUAUAGUAAAGAAGCAAACAUUCCUAUUGAUCAAUCCGAAUCUAAAAUAAGGAAAACACCAUCAGUUAAAGGUUAUCGAACUAAAACUGAACAACAACUUGAAAUAUGUGAUCAAGCUAUUAAUCUAAGUAGAAUAUCAAAUAAAAAUAAAGCUUUUUUCUAUUCUUUUUCAUAA